AUGACUCAAGAAAUCUUUAGUCAGUGGUUGAUCAAAUGGGAUAAUGAACUAGACAGAAAAAUUGUACUUUUAGUAGACAACUGCACAGCUCACAAUGUAAGUUUGAACUUGAAAAAUAUAAAACUGGUUUUUUUACCGGCUAAUACCACAUCACUUAUUCAGCCCUGUGACCAAGGAAUUAUUCGUACACUUAAAGCUUACUAUAGACUAAAAAUGAGAAAAAGGGUAAUCACUCUCAUUGAUGAAAUGUUUGAAUGUGAGUCAACUUCGACUUUAAAGGCUAAUGACCUUUCCAAGAAAAUCAACAUUCUCGAGGCCUUACACUUUGUCAACGAAGCGUGGAAUAAUAUUAGUGAUAUUGUGACUAUUCGAAAUUGUUUUCGUCACGGAGGCUUCGUCAAAACUGAGGAAGAGGAAGAAGAAGAAGAUGACCAUAGUAAAGACCUCAAUGACAAAACAUAA